AUGACGAUGCACUCCGCCUUGUCAAGAUCCACCAAGAUCAAGCAGCCCCGCUUCCUCAAGCUGAACGACGACGUGGACGAGACCAAGCAGAAGUUGCACGAUGCGAGCCCCAGUACACCAGGUGCUGCGUCUUUCUUGUCGCGGCUCUUCGUCAACCCCAUCAUGAACACUGGCAACUUGCGGCAGCUCAACUUCGAAGACCUGUGGGAGCUAGACGGAGAAAUCCGCUCAGCCGCAGCAUUGCAGGAUGUGUGGCUCGGCGUUUUCUUCGCUUCACGCUUCGUUGAUGCAAUCCUGUCGACGCAAAUGAACUACGCCUUGGAGCUGAUAGCGUUGCGUCUCACGGUGACAUUGAAAACGCUGCUCUUCCAGAAGGCUAUGCGUCGCAGUCUCCAGACGAAAAACGACCCCGAUGCUGUGGAUAUUUCCAACCUGUUGACUUCGGAUGUCAAUAACGUGCUGUGGGCAGCGUUUCAGGUCAACAAGCUCUGGAUUAUCCCGACUCAGAUCGUCGUGGCCGUGUGGAUGCUUUACGUUGUCAUUGACCUCGCUGCGAUUGCUGGGCUGGCUGUCAUCGCGCUAUUGAUGCUGAUAAGUUAUUUUCUUGCCAAGCUCUCGGGGGCAGCUUUCGUCGACGUCAUGAAGAGCAAAGACGACCGACUCGGCGUUAUCAAGGAGGUCUUCAACGCCGUUCAGAUUGUAAAACUUAACGCGUGGGAGGGCAAGUUCACUGAGAAGAUCCGACCCGCCCGUACCAUUGAGUUGCGGCUGUGCAGCGAUAUCUCUAUCUUGGUGCCGUCAAUAUUACUAUCCUCUGGUCAUCGCCACUGGCAGUCUCGGCCGUAUCAUUCGCAGUUUAUUCAGAUGUUCAUUCAAGCCAAGAUUUCGAUCAGCCGAUUCGCGGAUUACCUCUUGCUGGACGAAUUCAACCCGACCAACGUCACACGCGAUGACCCAGCGCAGCCAGACGAUGUCGUGAUGGCUAUUGAAGACGGCACCUUCGGCUGGACGAAGGAGGCGGCGCUGCUAAACCACGUGAACCUCACCGUGAAACAGGGCGACCUGGUCAUCGUGCACGGCUCUGUCGGCAGCGGCAAGUCUUCGCUGUGUUCGGCGCUGCUGGGAGAAAUGAACAAGCUGGCCGGCAACGUCUUCAGUCAGAUCUUCGGCGACUGCAUCUGCAACUUGCUGGCGGACAAGACGGUGGUGCUGGUGACGCACAGCGCCGACAUCAUCGCGAGUGAAGCUGCGAACGUGGAGGUGCUGGUGGAAAGUGGGAAAUUGAAGGCGACUCGACACGAUGUUGCAUUGCCUCGGUGCUCGUACACGCUCCCAGUGUCUCCUCGUUCGGUAAAGGACGACGCCAGUCAUGACGGAGAGAGCAACGCUAACAAGGAUAAGGAUGCUGGGCGGUUGAUCGACGAUGAGGAGCGUGAAGAAGGCCGCGUGUCCAAGGAGGUGUUCUCGAGCUACUUCGACUCGCUCGGUGGCGUCAAGGUGUGCGUGUUCCUUUUCGCAGUGCAGACGCUAUGGCAGGUUUUCCAGAUCGGGAGUGACUUGUGGCUGAGUCACUGGACCGGACAGAAGAACGGAUCGUACAACCCGGAUGACACUGUGUACAACGUGAAGGUGUAUGCUUGGCUUGGUGCUGGCACUGCCAUCAUGGUGCUGGUCCGCGCGGCAACUGUGGCAGUUGUCGGCCUUCGAGCAUCACGACAGCUCUUCGACAACAUGACGGUGUCUUUGCUGAGAGCCCCGCAUCGCUUCUUCGAUGCUAACCCCAUCGGCCGCAUCGUGAACCGCUACGGUGAUGACAUGUCGGCUGUGGAUUUCAUGAUAUCAUUCGCUUUUCAGGAGUUUCUCGGGCUGCUUUUCUUCGCGGCGUGUCAACUGGCGACUGCUGUGUACAUGAUAAACUUUUUGGGCGCUCUGGUCAUCCCGCUUGUGUGGAUCUACAUGAGGAUUGGAAACCAUUACAUGGCUCCGUCACGAGAGACGGCGCGUUUGUGGAAAAUAUCAGCGUCGCCCAUUCUGAGUUACGUGAGUCAGUCCGGCGAUGGCAUUGCCGUCGUUCGUGCGUUUGGGCAAGAAACGGUGGAGCGCAUGGAAGCUGAAAACUUCCGCCGCAAUGACGUGAACAGCAAAGCCUGGCUUGCGCAAAUGGUGUUCAAACACUAG